AGGGAGUUAGAAACAGAGCAAGAGACAGAGACGGACGGAGAGAGCGAGGACUUCUAACGAGAGGGGAGAAGAAGAGAAGAGAAAUGUGAAGAAGCUGCAGAGAGGACAGAAAGACACUACUUGAGUAUAUGUCUUGUGACGCUGGAUCUCCUGAAGUGCUGAGAUUUGCUUUUACACAUUCUGUAGGACUCUGCAUGUGACUCCUCUCACAGCACCUGUCCUGCACAUGUGUAGUGUUCUGUGACCACAGUGGACAGGAUCAGCGUGCAUCAGUGUGUGUGUGUGUGUGUGUGUGUGUGUGUGUGUGUGUGUGUGUGUGUGACACAGAAAGAGGAUGGGAGCCCUUUGUCUCUCUCUUGCUCUCCUCUUCCUCCCCUGCUCUCCUGCACGAGCCCAAUGGUGGAGUUUCAUCUGGGCAAACCCCAAAACCAGCUCAGAAUCCUCUCCUCCCUCCAUUCCUCCCUCUACCACCUCUCCAUCCAUCACCUCCCCGGGCCUUUCUGACACCCCGUGGACAACAGGCCAAGUGGGAGUGAAGGACGGGGUGACGAAGGAAAGUGUGGAGGGUGGCACUCAGACAGAGGGGUCUGUUCUGGCUCCUACAGCCGGGCCUGGAGAGUUCCUCUCUGGCCUUAGCACUGCAGAACCUGGGAGGUUCUCUCCAGAGGAGAAUGCAGGUGCAGGCAGCAAAACCAGGCCCCAAAACAAACCACUGAAACACUGGAAGAGUGAGCGAGGCUCGGGGGGUCAUCUGGACCUGACUGAGUUAAUUGGCGUGCCGCUCCCUCCCUCGGUCUCUUUCACUCCUGGAUAUGAAGGGUUUCCAGCUUACAUCUUUGGGCCCGAAGCCAACAUCGGCCGGCUCACCAAGACCUUCGUGCCGGGGUCAUUCUACAAGGAUUUUGCCAUCAUCGUCACGGUGCGACCGACCAGUCAGAGAGGAGGCAUGCUCUUUGCCAUCACAGACGCCGGUCAGCAGGUGGUGGAGCUGGGUUUGGCCCUCACUCCGGUGCGUGGGGGCCUCCAGAGCAUCUUAUUGUACUACACUGAGAGAGAGCAGGUGUCCCACAGCCACAAAGCUGCGGCCUUCAGUGUCCCCGACAUGACUGACCAGUGGACGCGGUUCACGGUGGUGGUGGAGCACGAUGAGGUGCGUCUCUACAUGGACUGUGGAGAGGCAGAGAGGGCGACUUUCCAUCGCAGGCCGGAGAGACUCACGUUUUCUCACAACUCAGGCAUCUUUGUCGCUAACGCAGGAAACACGGGGCUUGACAAGUUUGUGGGCUCCAUUCAGCAGCUGGUGAUAAAAGAUGAUCCGAGGGCGGCUGAGGAGCAGUGUGAAGAUGAUGAUCCUUAUGCCUCGGGAUUCGCCAGCGGAGAUGAUGCACUGGAUGACAGAGAGACAGAGGAGGAAAUGACCAAGAACAAACAGGAGAGAGAACAUGGCACGGCACAGGGGGAGGACAGCUUUCCAGUCAGAGCUCCUCCCACUGAGGCUCCGGAGGUGGAGCUUGAAGAGUUUUCUGGUCACAUGACACCAACAGAGAGCAAUGAAGAAAUGAUAAGAGAGCCACACCAGACAGAGGAGGCAGGGGAGAGAUCAGGAGACGGUCAUGUCAGGCCUGAGAUAAAAGGAGAGCGUGGAGAUCCCGGACCACCUGGACCACCUGGUCCCCCAGGACCGACCCCUCGACCUGGGCAAGCUCAACCUGGAUCAAGAGGGACCCAAGGGCCAGCAGGGACCCCCGGAUCCACUGGACUGCCAGGGAGAGAUGGGCAGCAGGGAAACAAGGGUGAUACAGGAGACCCAGGUCAGAGAGGACCUCAGGGAUUUCCAGGUUUGGAUGGAGAAGCUGGACCAAGCGGAGACAAGGGAGACUCAGGAAUCGGUUUACCAGGCCCUCCAGGCCUCCCUGGGCCCCCUGGACCCCCAAGAUCACGCAGUGUACCAUAUGGAGCAGAUGCUCUGGGUUCUGGCUUUGAAGACUUGGACAGUGACACUGAACUCAUCAGGGGUGCUCCUGGUCCACCAGGGCCUCCAGGGCCUCCUGGUCCCUCUGGAUCUAGCAUGUUACCUGACACAGCUGAAGGCCUCCCCUCUGGUCACGAUGGCCCCUCUGGUGUCCCCGGAAGAGACGGGGCCGCAGGCAAACCUGGAAUACCAGGUCCAGCAGGAAAGGAUGGGGUUCCAGGUCUACAAGGAGCUGGGGGAGAGAAGGGUGACCAAGGGUUAACUGGGCUACCUGGGCCAAAGGGUGAAUGUGGCUCUCUGGGAACAGCAGGGCUCCCGGGGGCCCAAGGGCCCAGUGGCCCACAGGGGGAGAGAGGCCUAAUAGGUCCCCCAGGACUGCCUGGACCCCCUGGACCUCCAGCAACCAAAUUCUUUGUAGAGGAUAUGGAGGGAUCAGGGAAGAGUGACAUGCUCCUUGGAGCUGGAGUGAAAGGCCCACAGGGUCCUCCUGGUCUACCUGGCCCACAAGGACCUGAGGGUGAGGACGGAGCCCCUGGAUCUCCAGGGAUCUCUGUCAAGGGUGAACCAGGAGACCCAGGAGCAGAGGGUCUUCAUGGUCCUGCUGGACUACCAGGGGUUCGGGGGGUGAAAGGAGAAAAGGGAAAUCUGGGACCAAAGGGCGAUCGAGGCGCUGAUGGACUCAGUAUCCCAGGAUCACCUGGGCCUCCUGGACUGCCUGGACCUAGUUUUAAUUUGCAGGAUCUGCUCCUCAACGUUACGGAUGGAAUUUUCAACUUCACAGAGAUCAGAGGACCACCGGGGCCCAUGGGCACUGAAGGCUUGGCAGGCAGAGCUGGAUUUCCUGGCCCCAGAGGACCAAAGGGAGACCUAGGUCCUCAGGGUAUCCAGGGGCCUUCAGGACUCAAGGGAGAAAAAGGAGAGGCAGGAGUCACCAUUGCUGCUGAUGGAUCUCUCUUAUCUGCACCGAGAGGCCCCCAAGGGCCCAAAGGCAUUAAGGGUGACCGUGGGUACCAAGGACCAUCUGGAGUUAUGGGCCCAAUAGGACCGACAGGACUAAAAGGAGAAUAUGGCUUCCCUGGUCGCCCGGGACGAUCUGGUUUGCCUGGAAGGAAAGGGGACAGAGGAGAAGCUGAUGGCCUGCAGGGACCACCAGGUCCUCCCGGCCCACCUGGAAUUCCAGGGAGAAUUCUUGGUCUCAAGGGAACAGUGUUCCCCGUGCGCCCCAGACCGCACUGCAAAAAGGGACUAGAGUCAGUGACAAGGGGAGAUCCAGUUGGAGCUAAAGGUGACAAAGGAGAUGAGGGGAUGCCUGGAGAGCCAGGCACAUCUGAACCUGGAUUUCUGGAUGGAAUUGUGGGUGCGAGAGGAAAUCAGGGGAACAAAGGUGAAAAGGGAGAAAGGGGUGACACCGCUGGGCCUGGUCCUCCGGGAAUGCCUGGCAGGUCAGGACUUGUGGGUCCAAAAGGUGAGUCCAUCGUGGGUCCUCAGGGUCCCGUAGGUUCUCCUGGCGCGCCUGGAUCCCCUGGGUUCGGACGACCUGGCCCCCGAGGCCCCGCUGGCCCUGCUGGCCCUCCAGGACCUGCACCUCCAUAUGUAUCUGCUGACAGCGUACCUGGCCCUCCUGGUCCUCCCGGUCCACCAGGCUCUUCAGGAUCUUCAGGAUCCAGCAACCUGGUGACCGUCUAUAAAUCCACCCACGCUCUGGUCAGAGAGAGUCAACGGGCUCCAGAGGGAACCCUGGCUUAUGUUUCUGAGAGAGGAGGAGAGCUGUACAUCAAACGACGGAACAGCUGGCGCAAGAUCCAGCUCGGAGAGUUGCUCCAUCACGGACCUUCCUCCUCAGCAGAGUCUCAGUCGCUCGGCGUACCUGGAGAAUCUAGCAGACCACACAGGAGCCACAGCCAGGAGCUGCAGGAGGGCGGUAGAGGAUAUCAGCCGAGCUUUAACGUACUACCCCAGACCUUUAAUGCUGUUCCUGGGCUCCAUCUGGUAGCACUGAACUCGCCUCUGAAAGGGGAUAUGCGUGGUAUCCGGGGGGCCGACUUCCAGUGCUACCAGCAGGCGCGCGCCGUGGGACUGACGGCCACGUACAGGGCCUUCCUGUCCUCACACCUCCAGGACCUGUCGACCAUCGUGAGGAAGGCGGACCGCAAUGACAUGCCAGUGGUUAAUCUCAGGGGUGAAGUGUUGUUCAGUAGUUGGAUGUCCAUCUUCUCUGGGAAUGGAGGAACAUUUAAUCCAUCCACUCCCAUUUACUCCUUUGACGGACGCAACGUUAUGACUGAUUCAGCAUGGCCAGAGAAGCUGGUGUGGCACGGCUCCAGCACCAUGGGCAUCCGUCUGACCCACAACUACUGUGAGGCGUGGAGGACAGGCGACAUGGCAGUGACGGGCCAGGCCGCGCUGCUGCAGACGGGACGACUGCUGGGGCAGCACACCCGCUCCUGCUCCAACCCCUACGUCGUGCUGUGCAUAGAGAACACAUAUGUGGGCAACACACAUCUGAGGAGGACCUGAGGAGACAGAGGAGACACACACACACACACACACACACACACACACACGUUAACACAUGAAGAAACACACAUGCAGGCAUGCUGAAAGUAGAAAAUGUGAACACUGUGCACAUGAAUGGGAAACACACGCAGGCACAUACACACAUAAUGAUGUUAUAGGCAUGACUCUCGAGUACGGACGAAAAACACGAUAUAUUUUUUCCCAAAACGUUUUUACCACAAAGUUCUUUUCUCUAAUUGUUGAAUCACGUUCAUAUUGAAGAGAUUAAAAAAAUAAUUAAAAUGAAAUAAGGCACAUUUACCACAACGCUUUGCUCGCUAUACAAAUAGACACAGUACACAGAUAACAUUGAAGGCUUGACCCAUAAUCGCAGUGUGGCGCCCCCUGCAGACUCACCACCAGCUUUGUUUACACUCAUUUAUCUAUGAUUGUUGUCGGUUUCAGGAUAUUUAAAAUGUUUUUCUCCAGUUUUCUGCUGCUUGUGACCUGAACUAGUCUCAACAUUAACAUCUGUGCUUUAGCGUUAGCAUUAGAGUUGAAAUCAAUGUGUGAAUUUCAUUAAUUUAUACUGUAGCGGGACAUAGUGUGAAAAAUCUAGUAAAGUUCAGAUCUUGAAGAUGUUGUAACAUGUAUAUAUAAAUAUAUAUAUAUAUAUAUUUGUGUUGUUGACAAAUGUUUUAGUUUCUUACUCAGUAGAGGUAGAUGUAGAAGGUUUUUCUCUCACUGUGCGUCGACUGAGACGUAGUUCCAGUCUCGUGCCUGUAAAGAUGACGUAGGCCUGGUUUUCAUGGAAGUGUUUGUUUUUAUGAUCUGUGACUAUGACGUUUCUGUUCAAACUAAACUUGAGAGAACAUUUGUACUGACUGACUGGUGCUCACAGAAAAUAAAAUGUCUUAUUUUGUGUUUUUUAA